CUUGAUUGUGUUUCUGGCAUCUUCCAAUGCGUUCUUGAUAAAUGCAAGUCCUUUUUUUUUUAUAUAUUUUUUUUUCUAAUAUUUAUUUAUCCUUUAUUCUUUAAUUAAAAAAUGGCAGAAGACUACUAUACGUUACUUGGUGUAAGCAGAAAUGCGGAUGAGAAAGAAAUAAAGAAAGCCUAUCGUCAACAAGCAUUAAGGUUUCAUCCCGAUCGUAAUAAGGAAGGAGGCGCCAAGCAAAAGUUUCAAAAGAUUAAUGAGGCAUUCGAGACCCUGAGUGACCGUCAAAAACGUUACGCAUACGAUGACAUCCACUCCACUACCACCACUUCUCAUGCCGACUUAUUCUCCCAAUUCUUUCACAGCCCUCCCGCUUCCAGUGAGGAAGAAGACGAUAACCCUUUUUUCAACAUGUUUAAAUCUUCCAAGCCAAAAUCUGUUAAACGCUCAUUGGAUGUCUCAUUGGAUGAUUUAUACACUGGCACAACUAAGCGUCUGAAAGUGACACGUACAUUGUAUAAUGGACAUAAGGAUGAUACCAUCCUGAACCUCAAUAUCUUGCCUGGUUGGAAGGAUGGUACAAAGGUAGUCUUUCCACAUCAGGGCGAUGUCUUAUCCAAUGGAGAACAACAGGAUAUCGAGUUUGAAAUCAAGGAAAAGCCUCAUCCCAUCUAUCGUCGUGAUCGCUAUGAUUUGUCAACAGUUGUUCAAAUUAGCCUAUUGGAAGCAUUGACCGGAUUUAAAAAGGAGCUGAAACGUUUAGAUGGAUCGACCUUGCUGAUUGAGGAAUCAUCCAUCAUUCAACCAGGCCAAGAACGUGUUUUGAUUGACGAAGGCAUGCCAAAGUACAAGUCACAGAAAAAGGGCAAUCUAAUCAUCAAGUAUCAUGUGCAAUUUCCUAAAUCUUUAACACCCGAACAGACUGAUAUAUUAAAACUUGGCUUAGCUCCCUCUACUACCACAUAAAUACCCCCCCCAAACAACAACAACAUACUCUUUUUUUUUGUAAAUAAAAA